AUGGCGGCGGGCGUGGCGGCCUGGCUGCCGUUCGCGCGCGCCGCGGCCAUCGGCUGGAUGCCCGUGGCCUCGGGGCCCAUGCCCGCGCCCCCGCGGCAGGAGCGCGAGCGGACUCAGGACGCCCUGAUCGUGCUCAACGUGAGCGGCACCCGCUUCCAGACGUGGCAGGACACCCUGGAGCGCUACCCGGACACGCUGCUGGGCAGCUCGGAGCGGGACUUCUUCUACCACCCCGAGAGCCAGCAGUACUUCUUCGACCGCGACCCCGACAUCUUCCGGCACAUCCUCAACUUCUACCGCACGGGGAAGCUGCACUACCCGCGCCACGAGUGCAUCUCGGCCUACGACGAGGAGCUGGCCUUCUUCGGCCUCAUCCCCGAGAUCAUCGGCGACUGCUGCUACGAGGAGUACAAGGACCGGCGGCGGGAGAACGCCGAGCGGCUGCAGGACGACGCGGACACGGACACGGGCGGGGAGAGCGCGCUGCCCAGCAUGACCGCGCGCCAGAGGGUGUGGCGCGCCUUCGAGAACCCGCACACCAGCACCAUGGCGCUCGUCUUCUACUACGUGACCGGCUUCUUCAUCGCCGUGUCGGUCAUCGCCAACGUGGUGGAGACCGUGCCGUGCGGGGCCAGCCCGGGCCACGCCAAGGAGCUGCCGUGCGGGGAGCGCUACGCCGUGGCCUUCUUCUGCCUGGACACCGCGUGCGUCAUGAUCUUCACCGUGGAGUACCUGCUGCGCCUGGCCGCCGCCCCCAGCCGCUACCGCUUCGUGCGCAGCGUCAUGAGCAUCAUCGACGUGGUGGCCAUCCUGCCCUACUACAUCGGGCUGGUGAUGACGGACAACGAGGACGUCAGCGGGGCCUUCGUCACGCUGCGGGUCUUCCGCGUCUUCCGCAUCUUCAAGUUCUCCCGCCACUCGCAGGGCCUGCGCAUCCUGGGGUACACGCUCAAGAGCUGCGCCUCCGAACUGGGCUUCCUGCUCUUCUCGCUCACCAUGGCCAUCAUCAUCUUUGCCACCGUCAUGUUCUACGCCGAGAAGGGGUCUUCGGCAGCAAGUUCACCAGCAUCCCCGCGGCCUUCUGGUAUACCAUCGUCACCAUGACAACGCUAGGGUUGCUGACGGAGCUGGAGUCCCCUUCUUGGUGGCCAUUUAGUUCCAAGCUUUGGAAGAUGCCAGCAGAAACAAACCCCAAGGAAAGCACCUCAAUGGCUAGUCCCAAAGUUCUUGGAAAAGAAGGGGUAGU